CGCGGGGAGAUCCGGGGGGCGGGGGCGGCGGGCGCGGCGCAUGCGCGUUGCAUUGUUUGGACUGAAAAUGCCGUCGGUUUCGAAAGCGGCGGCGGCGGCGAGCGCGUCCCCCCCGCAGACCGAGAAGCCGACGCACUACCGGUACCUGAAGGAGUUCCGCACCGCGCAGUGCGCGCUGUUCCUGCAGCGCAGGUGCGCGCGGCACCGGCCGUACACCUGCUUCCACUGGCACUUCCCUCGCCAGCGGCGGCGCAGGCCGCUCCGCCGGCGCGACGGCACCUUCAACUACAGCCCGGACGUGUACUGCGCCAAGUACGACGCGGCCUCCGGCCUCUGCCCCGACGGCGACGGGUGUCCCUACCUGCACCGCACCACCGGGGACACGGAGCGCAAGUACCACCUGCGCUACUACAAGACGGGCACCUGCAUCCACGAGACGGACGCCCGGGGCCGCUGCGUGAAGAACGGGCCGCACUGUGCCUUCGCGCACGGCCCACUGGACCUGCGCCCGCCCGUGUGUGACGUCAGGGAGCUGCAGGCGCAGGAGGCCCUGCACAGCGGGCAGCCCGGCGGGGGAGACGCCGGCCCCGACCUGCAGCCCGGGGUCCUGGCGAGCCAGGCCAUGAUCGAGAGGAUCCUGGGCGAGGACCCCCGGUGGCAAGACGCCAGCUUCGUGCUGGGCAGCUACAAGACGCAGCAGUGCCCGAAGCCGCCGCGCCUGUGCCGCCAGGGCUACGCCUGCCCGCACUUCCACAGCGGCCGGGACCGGCGCCGCGACCCCCGCAGGUUCCGGUACCGGUCCACACCCUGCCCCAGCGUGAAGCUUGGUGACGAGUGGGGGGAGCCCUCGCGGUGCGACAGCGGGGACGCCUGCCAGUACUGCCACUCACGCACGGAGCAGCAGUUCCACCCCGAGAUCUACAAGUCCACGGAGUGCAACGACACGCGCCAGACCGGCUCCUGCCCGCGCGGCCCCUUCUGUGCCUUCGCGCACGCCCAGAAGAGUCUCGGGACCGCGAGCGACUGGGGCUGCCCGGACCCUGGCCCCGCCCGCAGCGCCUCAGCCUCCGGCGUCCAGCUUGCACAGAGCCACCUCGCUGUGUUUGCAGUGGCCUCCCCGCGGGCUGCCAGCGUCAGCUCCAGUGUGGCGUCCAGCCUGGGCUCAGGUAGCUCCUCCCCCACGGCUCCGCCCGCCCUGCCCGGCCGCGCCCUCCCACGGGACCCCGCCCCAGGCUCGGCGUUAGACUUCCGUCUGGGCGAGCCAAACACCGGGUUGCUGCACAAAGACCUGGCGGGGCAGGACGGCCUGGAACUGGGACCUGCAGGUCCCGGGGCACUGGCCGGCUCAGCGCCCGGCACCGCCCUGGGCCACCCGCCCUGCUCCCCGUCGCCGUCCUCCUCCCCGCGCAGCUCGCUCACCUCGGCCAUGACGCCCCCCCAGCAGCCGCCGCCCCCCAGCUCCGAGCCGGGCUCGCGGGGCUUGGGUCUGAAUGGCGUCCCCGGGAGCAUCUGGGACUACGUGUCCAGCAGCUUCUCUCCCAGCCCGUCCACCGCCCUGAGUGCUGGCCCCACGUCCUCGAGCGCCAGUCCAAACGGCACGGAGCUGGCCCGAGUCCGGCGGCAGCUGGACGAGGCCAGGAGGACGAUCAGGCAGUGGGAAGAGUCCUGGCAGCAGGUCAAGCAGGCCUGCGACGCGUGGCAGCGGGAGGCCCGGGAGGCCCAGGAGCGCGCGCGCGCGGCCGACAGCGACCGGCAGGCGGCGCUGCGCAGGAAGGCGGCGGCGGAGGCGCAGGUGCAGCAGCUGCGGGAGGAGCUGGAGGGGCUGGGCGUGGCCUCGCUGCCGGACGUGGGCGCCAUCCCGCUGCCCCAGCUGCACUCCCUGCAGACGCGGCUGCGCCUGGACUUGGAGGCCGUGGACGGGGUGAUCGGCCAGCUCCGUGCCAAGCAGUGUGUGGCUGGCGGAGAGGCGGCCCGGGGCGGCCCCUGCGAGCCGCGUGCCGCCAGCACCCCCAGGUGCUCGCCCCCUCAGUGGUGAGCCUGCGGGCAGCGUGUUCUCCCCAACCCUGCUCCGGGGAAGAGCUGAGCGAGCGUGGGGCUGGGCGUCCGCGUUGCUCGCGCUGUGGGUAGCAGGUGCGCGUGGGGGCGGCAGAGCGCCGGGCUCCCCGCUGGGACGCCGUCCACAGGCAGAGUGGCACUGGGGGCCCCCGCCUGGGCCUGGCUGUCAUCGGGCGGGGUCCACCCCCAGCCCCGCGUGUGCACACACACUGGGGUGGUCCCAGGCCAGCGUGGCUGGGACCCGUGCCUGCCUGCGCCUUGGGGGAGGGAAGCAGGGCCCGCGUUCGGAUGUGAUGGGGCCCAGUCUUCUCCCAAGGUGCCUGGUGGCCCCCUCCCCCCACCCAGGACCCCCACGAUUCCUGGGGCCAGGGUCCGAGUGCAGGCUGUUCCACUGGCGCGGUCACCCACCUGUGUCCAGCCAGGAGCGGCGGGAGGCCCACCCUGCGAAGCCUGGGUGCCCGCCCUGCUGGGAGGCAGCCCCGGAGCCCAACGCGGGGGGUGGGUGGGGUGGGGGUGUGGACAGCUCGUGGCCCCUGCGGCUCUGGGUGCAGCUGCGUGUGUGGUGCGGAGGACCUAAGGUGGACUUGGCCUCUGUCGCUCCCGGGUCCACGAGCAGUCUGUCCUUCCCGCGGCCGCACCCUGCUGUCUGCACUCCCCAGGCCCCAGGUCAGCCCCGCUCCGCCCGAGUCCCCCCGGGUGACCAGGCUCAGCGGGGUGUGAGGGCCUGGCCCCAGUGUGGGGCGGUGUCCGCGGCGUUCGGCGUGUGCGGAGUCUCGGCGGAGUGAGUGUCGAUGGCGCCAUCGUCCCUUGUCGAGAAUGAACGGUUCGCAGCCGGGGACACGCGGGUAAAGUUUUUACACUGUGGCUUUUACGCGAUGGCUUACAAAUUUAAUUAUUUUUAUCAACACGGAAAUGAAUUAAAACUCCAGACCGCC